UUACCGCUGCUCCUUCUUUUCCCCAGUAUUAAACCUUGGGGGAGGGAUCCUUGAGUGCUGCUGUCGCACAACUACGCUAGACUAGAAGCUUUACUUUCCGACUGUUUGAAUCAGGCAGCCAGGAGGUGGUGGGUCUACGCGAGACGGAUACUCAAAAAUAGCUCUGAAAGGCGAUCAGGUAUGGCGGAUGCUAACGGAGGGGCUCCGCGGGACUUUACGUAAAGAUGAGGAUUCCUCCGGUGUGGGCGCUGGGCGCUUGCCAGACUGGGUGAGCUGAGAACUAAGACUGAAACCUGUUGAGAGAGAGAGAGAGAGAGAGAGGGGGAAAAAACAUCACCUGGGACUGCUGAGGAGGACCUCUGGGCAGGUUCACACGGCCGUCAGCAGGGUGGAGCUUCCUGACCCAUGGAGAAUUACUUCCAGGCCGAGGCCUUCAACCUGGACAAGGUGCUGGACGAGUUCGAGCAGAACGAAGAUGAGACAGACACUCCCAUUCUCUCAGAUGCUAAGUGGACCCAGAUCCUGGCCCCACCAACCCACAUGCUCUCUUUGAACCCUGCACUGGCUCACGCAGACCUCAGCCCCCGGGAGAGUCCCCUGUCUUUUAAGACCCUUCCCGACUCAUCCUCCACCCCUUCCCCAGGGGCUGAUCCUAAAAGGCAUCCUGGUCCCGAACCUCCAUCCUGGGCAGAGGAGAGGCCGGCAGACGUCCACAGCCCUCCCCUCCCCCAGCCCAAUAUCGGCAAACUGGUGGGCACCGACGACCUCUCGCCGCCACCUGUGACGGCCUCUGACACCGUGGAGAAUGGCUGCCUGUCCAGUCCACAGCUGGAUGGCCUCAGCAAAGAAAUAAGUUCUCCUGCAGACAUCCAGCUUGGUGAUUCUGGCCAGGAGACUAAACGUGAAGAGACAGCUGCCUCGUCCGGAGGAGAAGGCUCGCCUGUCAGUCACACUCGCUUCAGCUUUGAGGUUGGAUUACAGGAACAAACACCGUCCAAGAAAAUUCUCCCAAAUGUGGAACACACGACACAAAAUGGGGAUGAUGGCAGUUCAGCUGCCUUACAGGACUUUGGCCCAGAAACGCAAACUGGAACUUUAAAAGAGGAGCAAGGGGAAAGUCUCCUGAAUGGGAGCAGGGUUGUUGAGAUUGGGUGUGAGUUGGAGGAGAACGGUGCGUCUCCUUCGGACAAGGUUGGGCUGGAGAAGGAAAGGAGAUGUGGUCCAGAGGGACAAGUAGACCAGCACCACAGAAUAGCAAAUCUUCCAAAUGGUUUGGAACAGGAGAGCGGGAGCAGCUCUAAGCCUCAGGAGGUGGAAGAGAGUGUAGAGGAAGGUGUUUCCCCCUCUCCUGUCCCCUCAAAAGAGGACUCUGUAACUGAGGAAAAAGAAAUGGAGGAGAGCAAGCAGGAAAGCGGCGAGGGAGGAGCAGGGGGAUCGGGUUGCAUCCAACCAAAACUCAACAACCGGCUGCAGCCGGUCAGCAUUCCCUAUGGAGGCGCCCGACCCAAACAGCCCGUCAGCCUCAAGCUCCAGAUCCCACAGCCGUUGUCGGGCCAGGUGCAGAACCUGCUCGGUCCGUCUGCCGCCAACAAGAACAAGAACCUCGAAAACCAAUGCCGGAAAGGCACACCCUCCGAAACGUCACCUGGCGGGACUGACCAGAGUGCAGUCAGCGUGAAUGGAGAGGGCAUCAUCCACUCUCCAUCCCUGAUACCCCCUGAGAGCCCAGACAAUGAUCUUCAGGCAGGGCAACAAGGUGCUCUGUGCAGGAAACCUGCCAGCUCUCUGGGAGAGGUCGCCCCUGUGUGGGUGCCUGACUCCCAGGCUCCUGUCUGCAUGAAAUGUGACGUCAAGUUCACCUUCACCAAGAGGAGGCAUCACUGCAGGGCCUGUGGCAAGGUGUUCUGUGCGGCGUGUUGCAGUCUGAAGUGCAGGCUCAUGUACAUGGACAGGAAGGAGGCUCGUGUCUGUGUCACCUGUCACUCUGCUCUGACAAGUGCUCAAUCAUGGGAGACACCGGCUGCUGCGAGCAAUCAGAGUCCAAACCCCAACAACCCAGCCGAGUACUGCUCCACCAUCCCCCCUCUGCAGCAGGCUCAGGCCUCUGGGGUGCUCAGCUCGCCCCCUCCAACCGUCAUGGUGCCUGUGGGAGUCCUGAAGCAGCCUGGCAACGAGGGGUCCGUCUCACGAGAGCAGAGGAGGGUGUGGUUCGCCGAUGGAGUCCUACCCAAUGGUGACGCAGCAGAGUCACCCAAACCGCCGACCUCCAGCUCGGCUCCUUCACAGUCACUCGCCAUCAAUAAAUCCUCCACUUCUGAGUCCACUGAGGCAGCCCAUACCCCUGUUGCCCCGGUGGGCAGCCCCGUGGGCAGCUCUCUCAGCCUGAUCCCGGAGGACGGGCUCCCUCCCAUCCUCAUCUCCACCGGAGUCAAAGGAGGUACGGGAGGCCACAUCACAGAUUACGCAGUGGAGGAGAGGCCGUCGGAGAUCGUCCUCAUGCAACAGUUGGAGGAGGGAGGCCCAGACCCGCUGGUCUUCGUGCUCAACGCGAACUUGCUCGCCAUGGUCAAGCUUGUCAACUACGUAAACAGGAAGUGCUGGUACCUGACGACUAAAGGGAUGCAUGCCGUCGGCCAGGCCGAGGUCGUCAUUCUCCUCCAGUGUCUGCCAGAUGAGAAGACCAUCCCCAAAGACAUCUUCACCCACUUUGUGCAGCUCUACCAGGAGGCCCUCAGUGGUAACGUGCUGAGCCACCUGAGUCACUCGUUCUUCACGCAGAGCUUCCUGGGCAGCAAGGAGCAUGGCGGCUUCCUUUACAUCAGCCCCUCCUUCCAGUCGCUGCAGGACCUGCUCCUGCCCAACCCGCCCUACCUCUUCGGGAUCCUCAUCCAGAAAUGGGAGACGCCCUGGGCCAAGGUCUUCCCCAUCCGCCUCAUGCUGCGGCUGGGAGCAGAGUACCGAUUUUAUCCGUGCCCGCUGUUCAGCGUUCGCUUCAGAAAACCGCUCUUUGGAGAGACCGGUCAUACCAUCAUGAACCUGCUGGCGGACUUCCGUAACUACCAGUACACGCUGCCGGUGGUCAAAGGUCUGGUUGUGGACAUGGAGGUGAGGAAGACGAGCAUCAAGAUCCCCAGCAAUCGCUACAAUGAGCUGAUGAAGGCCAUGAACAAGUCCAAUGAACACGUGCUGGCCAUGGGGGCGUGUUUCAACGACCGGGCCGACUCCCACUUGGUGUGCGUCCAGAACGAUGACGGGAACUAUCAGACGCAGGCCAUCAGCAUCCAUCACCAGCCGCGCAAAGUUACUGGAGCCUGCUUCUUUGUGUUCAGUGGUGCUUUGAAAGCCUCGUCUGGCUUCUUAGCCAAGACCAGCAUCGUGGAAGAUGGCGUCAUGAUUCAGAUCACAGCUGAGACGAUGGACUCUCUACGUCAAGCUCUGAGGGACAUGAAAGACUUCACCAUCACGUGCGGUAAAGCUGACCAGGAGGAGAACCAGGAGGUCGUCCACAUCCAGUGGACGGAGGAUGAUCACAACUUCAACAAAGGCGUCAUCAGCCCAAUCGACGGGAAGUCCAUGGAGUCCAUACCCAGUGUCAAGAUCUUCCACGGCUCCGAGUUCAGAGCAAACGGCAAAGUCAUCCGCUGGACCGAGGUGUUCUUCCUCCAGAGCGAAGACCAAACCAGUGUUCUGAGCGACCCGGCCGACCACAGCCGCCUCACGGAGAACGUGGCGAGAGCGUUCUGUAUGGCUCUGUGUCCACACCUGAAGCUGCUGAAGGAGGACGGCAUGGCCAAACUGGGACUGAGGGUCACUCUGGACUCUGACCAGGUGGGUUAUCUGGUCGGAAGCAACGGCCAGCCUCUCCUGCCUCAGUACCUGAGCGACCUGGACAGCGCUCUGAUCCCCGUCAUUCACGGCGGGGCGUGUCAACUGAGCGAGGGCCCGGUGGUCAUGGAGCUGAUCUUCUACAUCCUGGAGAUCAUCUCUUAAGAACUUAAGACAUCGCACCAACCUGCACCCCUACUCACCUCCAAACUUCUUUUUUUUUUUCUGACAUCAUCUCCCUUCGGCCGUUUGCACUUCAAAAGAGCCCGAAAACUGUGCCGUGCCCGGCAGGGUAGCAUUCCUCAAGUCAAACCUAUGCAUCCACCCACGGUCUGAGGAAGCUCUGAAUAGGAUCACCUGUCACCUCAGUCAGGAUGUCUCCACAGAUCACACUGUGUCCGUCCUGAUACCCACACUUUUGCUGCCUCUGAGAAGCUGCCACGCGACGAGUGUCAGGCGGCCGAUAUUGUGCAGUUUGUCCUCAGAUAGCGAACGCAUCCAGGAAGGGAUGAAGGCACUAAGUAAAACUUUCUUGUCUCAUUCGGAGUUUAAGUAAGAAGAGUGUUUAUUACAAUGAAAGGGGUCACAGGGUGUUUAGCCUUGUUAUAAAUUAGUAAACCAGUACCAUUAGAAUCGUGUCUGUGAACCUAAAAGUCGAGCGUGAUGAAUUGUGGGAUUUAUUAAGCCUCUCAACUUUUCUCUUAAAUGCAGCCUUAGCUUCAUGAUUUUAGACAAAUGAGUGAAUUAUGAAAUGAGUAAAACCAGGGUGUGUGUGAAUAGGAUGAUGAAUUAUUCUGUCUAUUAUCAGAGGAGCUGUAGAAUUAACAAUCAACUCCAUCUAUUUCCUGGUUUAAGAGCUGCAGAGUUUUCAAGGAGAAAGCACUCUCUCCUUUCUACCGGACACAAACCGUAGUGAUCAGUGACGUCUCUGUAAUUGCAGCCAUCCUCACAGGUCAGGACACCCUGAGCUCUCGUGCAUUUUGACAAAGAGACAGAUUAUUCCCUAAAGGUCGCCUUAACACUGUGAGAGUAAAGCUGAAACGGCCAUGGCUGCACAAAUACCAACUAAUCAACCAGAAGUAGUGACUAAAUUACGAGCAGAACUGUGUCAGAUAGGACCUCUCCUGCAGCCUUCAAUCAAUCAAUUGCUAUGAGAGAAUGGGGGAUAAUACAGCCUUUAAUACCAAUUGAAAGAGCCACGUGUUUUGGUUAAACCUGCUGCAAUUCUGCCAUUUGGUGCAUAAAGCAGCACUCCAGAGCUCAAAACAUCAGUUGGGGCCAAAUAGUUCAUUUUGGUCUCUAAACACAAAAGAAAUCAAAUAAACUACAUCAGCGGUUCCAUCUUAUAAUCUAACCUGCAGAUAUGUUUUGACCCGUUAGACGUAACACUAUUUUAUUAAAAUCUGCUAGUUAUGAGCUGGUCAUCAUAUGUGAAUCACAUUGCGAUGCAGGUUUACAAGGGUGCUCUGAAAUCUCCCUAGAUGUCUUUCUGACGUUUAAAAAUUCAAAAUAAGCUUUGUUUUAUUCAGCACGACAUGACACUGGUGAUUGAGCACAAAAAGUCAUAAGCCAAGAGCCAAGCAAGUUUUUUCUUACAGCCACAGGACUCGCCCCCUGGUGGCCAUUACAAAAAAUGCACCUGCACAGUGAUGGAAACUACAUUCAUGGUUCCUGCUCGGAUGCUCCUUAAGUGUGGGUAUCUGGACUGACCUCCUGCUUCCUGAUCGCACAUCACUGUGGCAGCCGGAGGUCCUGAAGCAUUGAAUUCUGGGUAAAACCUGCCUCUGUGUAGCACGGAUGCUGGUGCAAGGGAGAGUCAUAUCCGUUACUGAAAAGUUUGGACUAUUUCUGUUUCAAGACAGUACUAAUCAUCGUGGAAGGAGGUGGUGAUUUCUUUCUUUUUUUUUCUUUUUUUUUUGCACCGUGGUGCUCAGUGCCUGCAGUAGUGUUUCAUCAAGGGAGAAAAGGAAAAUGAAAACCAUUUCAGAUUCACUUAAGCUUUACUCAUCAGUCACCAGAUGCUUUACUUCACUCGUUGUACAUACUUUUGUAGGCAGGACGAAUUCUCCUUGAUCACACCUGAAACAUCUGUAGCCUCCAGAGAUCCCAGUAUUAUCGUUCAGACAACUGAUUUAAAUAAAGGUUCCGAUGCUUUAUCGAUAAUCAAUCUGUACAUAAAUGUGCGAGGGCGGGGAGUCAGUUUUUAAUCUCAUCAGUCAUUCAGUGUUGGUUCAGCAGAGGUCGAAAAAAUCUUCACCUCAUUUUUGUCUUUUUAAUCAUAACGAGAAUAACUGUUGAAGAUGUAAAGGUAUAUAUAUAAAUAAAUGAAUAUAUAUAUGAACUGUAUUAAAUUGCAGAUGCAGUGCACUGGAUUUAAGCCAUUUACAGGAGAGUUAAAGUGAGCAUCAGGGUGUCCUGGAAGUAAGAGGUCCGUAUUUGUCGAGACUUAAAUGACCCGAAGCUGAAUGUAUCUCAUCUCAAGUUGUCUGCAUCCUUCCAAACCUCGAAGUCGAGACUUUUCCAAACACCCUGAACCUCUGAGGUGUUUUCUAAAAUCAGGCACGUUAGAGGUUCACCGUCUGAUCUGGACUCUGCUCUCCUUCAGCAACAUGGACCUGGACAAGAAGUCUAAGAAUGUAUUCCUCAUGUUUCUUUUUAAAUCUGCAAAAUGUGCUCUUGUUUCUGACGAGACUAAUCACAAAAAAAAAAAAACCCCACCCUGCUGUGUUUAAAAAGCUCUGUACAGUAACCAUUCUGCAUUAUGCUAAUUUCUCCAUCGUUAAUUGUGCUGAUGUAAAACAAUCUCGAGUGAGAAUCAGACAAUCACAGGAAAAUCUGCAGAAGAGCCGACGCUUGAAGUUUAAAUCAGACCUGUAGCCGCUCUGCAUUCAUUUAUUAAUCGGAAUCUUUUAGGAGCUACUGUAGCAAAGUAACCUUUAGUUUAAAAGGGGGAAAAAAGGUCAAAGGUCACCACUUCUGGGUUAUUUUACUGUGAUCAUACUAGAGGCAGUGUGGUUCAAUCACUGUGUUUCUUAAAAAAAUAAAUAAAUUAGCAUAAUGAAGAGGGGGGCACGAGGAUCUAUUUUUCUGACUCACUGUUUUGUUACUGUUUAAUUCUUUUUUUCCUUUUUGCAUUAUCUGAAGUGUGCAAUAUGUACUAAAUCCAAAAAAGAAGAAAAAAAGGUGCAAUUUGUUUGAAAAAGUAGCAUUUGUUUUGUAUUCAGUUGUAAGAUGUUACUGUUUAAACCUAUAACACUGCAUGCAAACAGAAAUGAGCCGGAAAAGGCGACUGGAGCGAGUCAACUUUGCAUUUCAACAGUCAGAAAAUCCUCCACAAAAAUAUGAACUUGUUCAGUUUAUUAUUAUUUUUUUUAAUAAAUCAGUUUGAAAAAAAAAAUUUGAAAAGCCAAAAAGCCUGUUCAUCUUUCCCCCUCCUUUGUCAAAAAAAUACUGUAGUAUAUGUAAAAUAAAAACUUAUAGAAAACUGA